GAGAUUUCCUCAUUAAAACACGAUUGAAAAGCUAAUUAAUAACAUUUAAACGUGUGUGUUACAGCUUGCGCUAUCACCUUGUAUACGAAUCAUCCUUAAAUGGCUUCUGUAAAAUCAAGUAAUUGUGAUGAGUCUCUUGGAAAUGAGUGUGCAAUUUCGAUUUCAACCAUAACUUCUCCUGAAGUACCGAGGCAGGGCACGAUAGAGCGUGCAAUUACGAAAAAGCAGGUGAAAAAUGGGCGAGCAAAAAUAAGCUACUACUAUUCUGGUACUAAAGGAUAUUUUCGGGAAUACUGUGAGAGUACAACUAUCCAUGGCUUCAAGUACUUGUCAGAAAAACGGUCGAUAUGCGAAAGAAUACUCUGGCUGCUCUUGAUUUCGCUGUCGAUAUCAGCAUGUGGGUUUCUGAUCAGCAGGAUAUACAACAGAUUCAUAACAAGCCCUGUUAUAGUAAGCUUUGCAACCAAAGAGUCUCCGUUAUAUACGAUCCCAUUUCCAGCUGUCACUAUUUGCCCUAUGACCAAAGCGAAAAAAUCCGUCUACGAUUUUACUAGAGGCGUUUAUAGGUUUAAAGCCAUGAGAGGGCUAGCUCCUGAAGAAAAGCGUAAUGCACAAUACUUCGCCUUACUAUGUCGUUAUAGUCAAAUAUACUUCUAUGAUUCGGGCAAAUUGUCUAACGACUUUAAUAAAAUAAUUGAUCAGAUGAAACUCAAUCUUAGCGAGUACACUGAAGAGUGUCAGGUAGGAGAGAAUGACCCAGAACCCUGUGAAAAUCUGUUCCAACCUAUAAUUCUAGAUGAAGGUAUAUGCUAUACUUACAAUAUGCUGGAUCGAACAGCUAUCUUCAGGGAUGAAGUGUAUCGAUUCAAGGAUUACCACAAAAAUGAAAAUACGGUGAAUUGGGACAUUGACAGUGGAUAUACCUUCAACGAUAGUACACCUGAUGGCUCGUUUUUGAAUUACCCAAAUAACGCAUAUCUGUCUGGAUAUGAGAAUGGCUUGCACAUCAAGUUUAGGCAAUUAGCUAGCGAAUUGGACUACUUUUGCUCACCAAAUUCACAAGGCUUUAAAGUUUCACUGCAUGCUCCUCACGUGAUACCCCAAUUAGAAAAACAGUUCUUUCAAGUACCAUUCGGUGAUGCUAUUAUGGCUGCUGUGCAGCCAAAAAUGACAAAAACCUCUCAACAAGUGAGAAAGUACCAUCCUGACAAAAGGGAAUGCUAUUUCAGUAACGAGAAGUAUCUAAGAUACUUCAAGCAGUACACGUCAAGUAACUGUCGCCUGGAAUGUUACACAAACUAUACGGCAAAGAUAUGUGAAUGUGUACGGUUCUACAUGCCCAAGAAAUCGUCCACCGAUAUCUGCGGAAUGUCUCAUAUUUGCCACUUCACCAACCGUGUACAGAUGCAAUGGAAUUCCGUGCUUAAACAAAAGGAAACCCAGCAUACCGCAACUAAUCAAAACGACACGUCUUUCUGUGACUGCAGACGAUCUUGUGUGGAGAUAAAUUAUGAAGUGCAGCUCAGCCAGUAUGCCUGGAAUUACGGGUAUAUGCCGCUAGCUCGCUUCAGAGAUAAAAAAAAAGAAUCGUAUCGAUAUGCCAGAUUGUCAAUAUUUUUCAAAGAAGACUUCUUUCUGACACUGGAAAGAAACGAAUUAUAUGGACCAAUUGAUUUUUUGGCUAACUUUGGGGGCCUUCUUGGAUUAUUUACUGGAUUCUCCCUUCUGUCCUUGGCAGAAAUAGUGUAUUUUCUAUCUGUUCGAAUCUGCUGCAAUUUCAGGUUGCACAAAUUUUGGACUGGGCCCAAAAAUUAA